UCACAAUUUCGAUCUCGAUGAAUUCAAUCUCUAUUUGCGGCGCUACAUGACCGGAACACGGUUACGCAUUGUUGAGUACUCCCACCCAGAGGAGAUACCGGAUCCUACUCCGUCGGAUAUGUACCCGAGCUAUGAUACUUCGGGCUCUAGGCAGUACGCGGCUACCUUGACACGCGAACUCUACGACGAUGUGACCACCUUUGGACGAUCACUAUCGUCUGGACCUCUUCUUCAGCAUCGUCCAGUGCUACAGCCCUUCUUGGAAAGAAUUCAGAAUAAGAUACGGACUGUGUACGAGGCUAUCACGUGCACCCGGAGAACCGAUGUUGUUCAGCACCAGCAGGAGCAGCCGCGUCACUCCAUGCACCGACAUCAACCACGUCCACGUCUAGCACAUCAGCCGACAACCAGGCCACCCCGUCCUGACCAACCUGGCAGUUCUACGUGGCACCCGCAGCACUAUGGUCCCACGUCGAGCUUCGUGUUUUCUCCACAGCCACAGCAACACGGUCCCUCGUCGAGCUUCGUGUUAUCUCCACAGCCACAGUAG